UUCAUUCGCUGUGUAUCUUUACGUUCAUCCGAAUAUUUAUUUAUCGAAAUUAUUAAUAUUUUCUCUUAUUAGGUAUUGUAAAGGUAUUGAGUUAAAACUUUGAAAGUUAUUCGUUUACAAUGUCUAUAAUAGCGAUUAAAAAUAUACCUCCCAGGGUAACUAUGCCUGCUUUUGUAAAAUCGUUGGCGAACACUGUAAAAGGAGAAUUCGAAGCGUUGGAUCUUAUGAAUCUCAAGAAUGGAGUUAAAGUUUGUUAUGUGAAACUAUCAGAGAGGUUAGAUCCGGUGCAAGUUAUAGAAGUUAUCAAUAGCAAGACAAAGUAUACCGCAUACGUUCCCAAAACAGUGCCUAAUUUGAAAGCAGCUUCCAAGAAGGGUAAGAUUCCCCUCAAAACACGACUGAGACUCAGGAUACCUCAACCUCCACAUAAGGUAAUGAUAGAAACCCACACAGAGAUCUUGACAGAGCUGCAGAGCAAAUACACGGGUCUGUACAACCUGAGCAAGAAGACGGGACACAAACUCAUGGAGGCCAUCGCACGGACAAUCUUCGAGCGGCUAAAAGAGAUAUCAGAAACGAACCCUGAAGUAAUGGAGAUAGGGUUCCAAUUGAGCAAGUUCUAUCGCAAGUGUCAUCCUCACUUCGGUGACUUCCAAUUGAUUCUGUCUACCCUGCAUAAGCUGCAGGACGCGGCGGGCGUGCCUCGCUCGCAAGUCAUCGAGGCUGAACUUACGAACGCCAGUGUUCAGCCUUAUUCGAUUGACAAUAUUCCCUUGGACAAGAUACAGUCUGCCAGCAACAAAUACUCUGAGAGGAUCAUUAAAAAGAUCACAGAAUACGUAUCUAAUUUGGAUACGGAAGUGUCGAGCGAGGAUCCUGAAGAGGAGGUUGCCAAGAAGAAGGUUCGAGAACAGCUACAGAAACUGUCACCUUACUUACCUGAGAUUGUUAAACAAGUGAUCGCAAAUCACUUCAUUCCACAAAAGGCGCCCUACCACAGAGUCAGGGUGUAUGGCGAACCCUUCAUGCCAACAAAAGACACGAUGGCUCCGUUCGUGCGGCGAUUCCAGGCUGUGAAGGUGAUGCGCUCCGACCGUAUGUACAACGUGCUACGGUUCAAUAUACCGCCGCAGCAGUACGCCAGUCUCAUGGCCAUGGACGGAACUGUGCUACGUGGAGCAACGCUAGUGAUCCGUUCAUCGGACAUACCCUUGUACAAAGUACCAAAGGCGCUGAUAUCGGAAAUGCUGCAGCAGUUCGGCAUAGAGCCUUCAGGCGAUGAAGAUUACCAAGAAUGCCAAGACGAGGACAUGGUUGAAGAUUCUGAGGGUGAUGAGGAGCAAGAUUUAUAGGGAGAUAGAUGAUGAUAAUGACAUGUCGACUCCUUUCUAGAAUCGUGUCAAUACGUCACAAUACUAUUGUAUUUAGUUACAUUCUAACGUGCAGACGUUAUUUAUAAUUAUAGCCCUGAUAAUGUAGCAAGAUUAGUGACAUCAUACCUAUCUCUCUCGCCUGUAAGAGCGAAGGAGACGUAUGUGUUAUCUCUUUCGCGCUAGGCGAUGUACUAAUAAAUGUGUCUUGAAGUCAUUAUCAUCGAAUCACGCUACGUUAUACGAGUAUAGGUGAAAUGAAAAUUGUAUUGUCCUAAGUUAUAAUAAUAAAAAAAAUACGAUUAAGCGUG